CCCACAACAAACAGUCAAACCCUCUCUUCUUCUCCUUCUUCCCCAUCCUCUCUCUCUAUAUUACUCGCUUGUAAUAUCUGUCUUUUACACUCCACUUUUUUCUAAGCUUGUUUUACCCACAACCCAAAACACGCAAAAUCAUAACUAACAAAUGUCAAGAGAGAUAUUUGUGGUUCCAGCAUUUGGGCAAGGCCAUCUCCUCCCUUGUCUAGAGCUAUGCAAGCACUUGGCAGCUUCUCUUAAUUUCAAAAUCGUUCUCGUCAUUUUUUCUGAUCUCUCCUCUUCCAUACCUGCCUCUUUGCGCCAUGAAAAUCCUCUUAUUGAAGUUGCACAGAUACAAUCUCCACCACAGUCCUUUUCUCACCCAUUCCAUAAAAUGCACAACGACCAAAUCCAAUUGUCUCUUGGGCUGGAAUCUCUCCUCUCUUCCCGAACCCAAAGCCUACCCGUUUGUGCCAUAGUUGAUGUCCUUCUCGUCAUGGGUUGGACCUCUCAAGUCUUCAAGAAAUUUCAAGUUGCAACCGUUGGCUUUUUCACUUCUGGUGCUUGCUCCACUGCCAUGGAAUAUGCCACUUGGAAAGCCCACCCCAUUGAUCUCAAACCUGGGGAACUCCGUUUAAUUCCCGGUCUACCCGAACAGAUGGCUCUUACUGUCUCUGAUAUUAAGCGCCGGCCUCAUGGUGGACCUCAGGGUGGUGGCGGUGUCGGCGGAUCAAAAAAAUUCGGUCCGCCAAAUCCUGGGGAAAGACCACCAUGGGUAGAUGAUACAGAGGAUUCCAUAGCAUUGAUAAUCAACACCUGUGAUGAUCUUGAGCGUCCCUUCAUAGAAUACGUCGCUAAUGAAAUCCGAAAACCGGUUUGGGGAAUCGGCCCGCUGUUGCCCCAAAAGUACUGGGAAUCAGCCGGUUCAAUUCUUCAUGACCGUGAAAUCCGGUCCAACCGAGGGUCUACCGUGACGGAAGAUCAAGUCAUGGAUUGGCUAGACUCAAAAGCGGAAAGAUCGGUUAUAUACAUUUCGUUCGGCAGUGAAUUGGGUCCAACAAUGGAGGAGUAUCCACAUUUGGCAGCCGCAAUAGAAGCAUGGACAGGACCUUUUAUUUGGGUCAUCCAACCCGGUUCUGGUAGACCGGGUCCACCUGGUACUGUAAAAGCAGAAGAAGGUUACUUUCCACAUGGGUUAGAUAAAAAGGUUGGGGAAAGGGGCUUGAUAAUACGCGGAUGGGCACCACAGUUGCUGAUACUGAGCCAUCCAUCAACGGGUGGUUUUUUAUCACACUGUGGAUGGAAUUCAACAGUGGAAGCAAUAGGACGUGGGGUCCCAUUUCUGGCAUGGCCAAUUAGAGGCGAUCAGUACUAUGAUGCUAAGCUAGUAGUGAGUUAUCUGAAGAUGGGUUAUAUGGUAAGUGAUGAUAUGUCCAAGAUGAUAACAGAUGAUAAUGUGAUUCAGGGUAUUCACAGGCUAAUGGGAGAUGAUGAGGUCAAGCGAAGAGCUGAUAUCAUUCGCUCCAAGUUUGUUCAUGGCUUUCCUGCUUCUUCUUUGCUCGCCUUGGGUGCUUUUAAGGAUUUUAUUAAUCAAAGGUUAGCUUAAUAAUAAUAAUGUACAAAACUCGUCUGUAAUACUAUUAUCUAUUUCAAUAAACAUGAUGAUGAGAUUAUGAAUCCUA